GCUGUACCUUUUUCCUAAUUAAUACAGCUCCUUCUCUCCACUCCUCCUUCUCAUCCUCUUCUCUCCUGGAAGAGAAGAGAGGAGGAAGAAGAAAGGAGUAGCAAUAGUAGCAGUAGGAGAUUUCUGGACGCAGCAACCGCCUCUACUCACAGGAGUCGAUUCGUUCACAGGAGUCAAAUACAAACGAUUCCUGAGUCGUUACGCCCUGAUGUAGAGGGGGGUCCGGGGGUAAAUGAGAGAGGAGAGGCAGCAUGGCCGCCACGGCGGUAAAUAAACUCCCGGACAGCGCGGAGAGAGGCGUCGUGAUCCCUGACAACUGGCCGGGAUAUCCCCUGGACCUUUUUACUUUUCCCGAGCAUUACUCUGGGGAUCUGGACUGUGUCUAUAUUCCACAUGGCGUCAUCAUGGACAGGACGGAGAGGCUGGCCAGGAACAUCAUGGAUGACCUUGGAGACCGAGACAUCGUGGUCCUGUGUGUGCUGAAGGGAGGUUAUCAGUUCUGCUCUGACCUUGUGGAGCGCAUCAAAGUCCUGAGCUGCAACUCCAGCAAGUCUCUCCUCAUGCGGGUGGACUUCAUACGCCUGAAGAGCUACUUGAAUGACCGGUCGACGCAGGACCUCCAGAUAAUUGGAGCAGAGAGUUUGUCUGUGCUGAGCGGAAAGAACGUCCUGAUUGUGGAGGCUAUAGUAGACACAGGUAAAACCAUGAAGACUCUCCUGACCCAUGUCCGAGCCUUCAAACCCAACAUGAUCAGAGUGGCAGGUUUGCUGGUGAAAAGGGUCCCAAACAGCUCGGGCUGUCUGCCGGACUAUGUUGGUUUUGAGAUCCCAAACCGGUUUGUGGUCGGUUACGCUCUAGAUUACAACGAAUACUUCAGAGAUCUCAACCACAUCUGUGUGAUCAGUGAGAGCGGGAAGCAGAAGUAUAAGGUUUGAAGUGGAACCGCGGGUUCUCCCUGGAGGUUCUCCGUAGAGAAGAUCCCACACAACGUCAGGAGGAGGAACCUGGAGGAUCCAGAUGUUUAGAAAAGCCUUCUCUUCCUAAGACUUAGACUUACUUAGACUUAGACUUUAUUUAUUGUCAUUCUUAAUACAUUCCUGUACGCAGAACGAAAUUUCAUUGCAUUGACUCGCAAAAAUACAGAGAAAAAUAAUAAAUAUAGCAUGUACAAAUAUAGCAAGUACAAAUACAAAAAUAUAUGAAAAUUUAGCAGCAUGAAUUAAGUAUAGAUAUAUCACAUAGAUACACAAUGUACAUCUUCGAAAAUAUACACACUUCUAUGAUAGACUCAUAAAUAUCUAUAAAUAAGUCACUUGUGCCGUUAGGAAUAUGUAGAGUGUAAAGAAGUAAAUAACUAAUACUCAGUCAGAGUUUCCUUAAAUUGACCAAUGUUUUAGGAGUUUAACAGUCUAAUAGCUUGGGGGAAAAACUGUUACAGAACCUAACACGAGCUCUUAGCACAUUUUUAUGCAUUAUAAGAUACAGCUGAUAACAUCCUAAACUAGUUAGAACAUCCAUCCGAGGCUUACGUUAAUACUGGACUCACAGAAGAUACAGAAUUAUGAUAUGGCUAUUUUAUUAUGUUGCAUAUCAGAAUUAACAUGGUUGAACUGCAGUGUAUGACAGUAAAUACUUUUUUUUAACCUUUUAUGAUUUAAAUAAACUAAACAAUACAUUUGUUUUAGCAUUAAAAUAAAUAAAAUAUUAAGA